AUGGCGGAAAAGUGUUAUCAUGAAGACUGGGAGACAGAAGCGAUCAUUGUGAUGGAACGACGUGAGAUCUACACAACACACCAACCCGACGGGACCUACGUCACGACAACAACACGAACGCAGACCAAGUACCAUGAGGACAAAGUGUACGGUUGCGGAUUGGGUCAGACAAACAAGCACUACUGCCUAGGACCGCACGGAAUUCUUCGCAUCCUUGAAAUUGUGAGCCUUGAUGACAUAAAGAUUUGCUUGUUAUGCCUCGUCGUGAUUUCGCUGAUCACUUCUGUUUUCGGACCUGGACCUUUCAAAGGUGUUCUCUUCGGUCAGACUCUGCUUCUGAUCUUCGCCGGUGUCGCGAUGUGUUUCACGUUUAUUUUCUUGAUCGUCUACUUUUUCACGUUAAACGAAACUCAUCUAGAUUUUUGGCCGUGGAGAACUACGGACGUGGUGUUCUCGAGCACCUGUUGUGUGUCGUUCAUCAUUCUGGCAGUAGUGGAAGCAUACUAUUCGACUGGAAGUUGGUCAAAUAACUGUAAUGACAUUGGUUCCGACGGCUUCAUUCACAAUGGCUGUCGCCUCAUCUACGAAUGGGCGUUCGCUUCAGUACGUGAUCUACAUUCGAGUUUAUUCUUUCUGGGGAGAAUUGGAUCCGUGUCUGAUAGCUGA